CUGAGAUUGUAACCAAUACAUCCAGUGAAAUGAUUUCUUAGAGGUCUUAAUCAACCCUUCAUCUCCUGGUUUUCACUCUUCUCUUUCCUCCACAACUCCCUAGUCCCGUAUCCAUCUUGCCUCGUUGCCCAGCGAGCGCAUUCAAUUCUGAAAAAUGCACUCCAUAUCCGACUUGACAACGUUCUGUCGGAAGACGACCGGUGACGUCCCUCCGAAGCUUGUGGGCGCGUCUACCACAGUUGUAGGGUCGAAGAUGUAUCUUUUCGGUGGGCGCCUGGUCACAGAGCGCCGCAUGGUCUCCGAUCUAUAUAGGAUCACACCAUCUCCGGAGGAUGAUAUCCCAGAAGCACGAUAUUUCCACUGCACAGAGACCUUGGUUCCCGCAACAGCUACUAACGGUGCCUCUGCGGAGUCUGGCGCAGAGACGUUGGUUCCAAAGCCUCGAUAUGCGCAUCUAUCAUCUGUUUCAGCUGACCGUCUUUUCAUCAUCGGAGGCCAAGACCUAUCGAAUGUUUGGCUGGAUGACAUCUAUGUGUAUGAUUUAUUGGGUAGAGCUUGGGUUCAGCGCCGAAGCUUUCCCCACCAUUGUGGUACCUAUCGUAGCGUAGCCGUUUCCGCAAACCAACGUGUCCGAUUACCGCAGGAGGAAGUCCACUCGACGGAUACGACCACCAUGUUGGGUCCCCCUGGGGCACGAUUCCGGCCCGAAAAGUCCCCUCCUUCAACCCAACAUUCACUUCAUCCGAUUCCUCCCCCAACUGACGACUUUCCGAAUGACAUCUACCUGUACAGCAACUACAACUUCACAGAUGUCAAGCGAGAGUUUGAGGUUUUCUCUCCAUUGCCAGACACAGAUUUCACGAUCACGGAUCGACUCCGUUUUCCCUCAGGUGCCAUCCUGGGCACGCACUUCAUCAUUGCUGGCACGUACCUGGCGCAUACAUACCAAUCUUAUUCUAUCUGGGCGUUAGACAUGUUGACCAUGACAUGGUCUCGUAUUGACUCGGGGAGCGCCAUGGCGACUGGCUCCUGGUUUCGUGCCUGUUUGUGGGCAGAAGCGAACAAAUUUAUGAUCUUCGGAAACCGGAAUGGCAACCUCAUCGAAGAUUACAACCGCCGGCUUCUCAGUUGGGAUCACGUUGCUGUUAUAGAUUUGGAGUCAUUUGGAAUCUAUCAACCUCCACCUCUGCAAAUUGAUAUACCGAUGCAGGAGUUUGGAUUAUCAGCCCUAGAAGAGGGUGUUCUUGCUGAUUUUGAAAUCAUCUGUGACGACGGGCGCAAAGUCAAAUGUUCGAGAAAGACUCUCGAAGAUCGUUGGCCCUGGUUCAAAGAUCAAAGGAACAAGUUCUUGGCGCGGGCUCGACAGGCAAUAGAGAUCUUGCCAUCAUCUUCCAUGGACGUUGGGCUUCCGGACCUCCCUGGCGCACCAGGGUCCUCAGAAGCGCGUCCAGACCCACGUCUCACGCCACGCGCCUUCAACCUAUCUGAGCCUUAUCCAAUCACACUGGCGCUAUUGCAGUAUUUUUACUCACUGGCGCUCAUCACUCCCCUCCAACAUGCACCUGCAGUGUUGAGCCAAUUGCUGAUUCUCUCGAGUACUUACCAAAUUCAUCACCUCGAAUCCCUUGUAAAACAUGCAAUGCAUCGGGCUCUUUCGAAUUCGACUUCUGUCGGUGUGUACGAAGUCGCAACACUGUGUAGCUGUCGGAGCCUUCAAAUUAGGGCACUCAAGACAGUUAUGUCUUAUAGCCAGAAGAGGACUGGUCGUUCCCGCGCUGACAGUAAAAACGGAGGCGGUGGUCGUAACCCCGACCCCAGUGACAGUGAUAACCCUGGUCGUUCGAGCGACAUUGUCCCAACAUCAAGUCGCAGCCGUGGCGGUGGUGUUUCGAACGCAAAGUCAUCUAGCUCUCUUGAUCAGCAGAGCAGUACAGGCUCGACGACAAGAGGCUUCACAGCUAAUCUCACUUUUCCCACUCGUGGUGGAUCAUCAUGUCAGAACUCGGCUGCCACCGCAACUCCGACAGUUUCUCAAAUAACACAGGCCUCACAUAAAAACACCCUUUCUGAAUCUACCUUAACGCCACGGAGACGAUCCAUGGCGCACCACCGCAACAGAACGUUCAGCAUUAUUUCAGCACAUACGGACUUUGAGAUAUGCGCCGUAGCUGACCUCCUGUCGCCUGCAGUAUCGCAUCCACGGAGCUAUGCCGAAGAGCAAGAGCGCGUUGGAGUCGCGAUAGAUGACGUCGAUGAUUUCCUUGAUCCUAGCAAUGGUGUUCAUACUGCCGGAAAGGCCCCUACCAUGCCAUAUCUUCUUCUAGAGCACGAAGAGCCUCUUUCGCCUUCCUUCGGAUCCCAUUCCAUGACCAGCUCAACCACUCAUUCAGAGUCAGAUUUCGAUAUCUCUUCAGAUGAUUAUUCUGGCCCUUACACUCCCUCCAUUUCCUCCUCCCCUGCUUCCCACCUUCCACGCCGCACAAGGAUGCGAUCACGUGCUAGCAACGGGCACGUAAGCGCCAGUGACAGCGAUACACCCUCCUUGUCGUCUUCAACAACGUCUAUCAGCUCGAAUGGCAGUAUCUCGCAAUUAUACUCAGCAUCGCCUCCUACCAGCCCUAUCACCCUUAAAACUCCCAUUGAUCAUCCAGCUGUUGCUAACCAGCAGCUUACAAUCAUUGAGGAGCGAACAACAGAAGACCGGGAUAUAACUGGUCGUCGCUAUUCUGACUCGGGCAGCAUUAUCUUUUCGCCCGAUUAUACAACACCGUCACUACGGAAGCCAUUUAUUACACGAACUCCUGACGUGCGACCGAAAGGUCGUGUGUUCAAUGUAGAACACCUACGACUCAAUGUUCAACCCACAGUCACCCAUCAUUUUCCAUCCAUAUCACCUGCACCUUCUUCGACCUUUGAUAUUGGCUCACCCGUGAGCAGCACCUUUUCCCCGGCAAGUGCCUAUACAUCGAUGGCCAGCCCUCACCCUACGAAGUCAUCUCUGAACCAUCUCAUGUCCCCGGGCGCGAGCAGUAGCAAGGCUCCAAGCGUGCUUGAAAGCGCGUGGUCAGCGUCUCCAACUGCGAGUGUCGUAACAUCCAAAACUGCUCGCAAGGAAGACAGCAAAGCAGAGAAGGCGCGCAAAUUGGAGGAGAAGAAGCGACAGAAGGCAGAGGCCAAGGCUGAGGCUAAGGCCAAAGUGGAGAGAUUGGCGGAAGAGUUGAAGGAGCGUCAACGACGCAAAGUUGCCUCACUGGACAGGCAGUCAGUGCACACCCAUCGGUCAUUUGGCCGUGUUGCACGACGGCAUUGGGACGAUGACAUUCCUAUGUAUAACGGUCUGGGCACCCUUUGAUUGUCGGUCCUGUCUUCAUUUGCUUUCCACUAUCCUUACUUGUUCCUAGAUUUCAUCGUAUAUAUAUCAUCAUGUUCAUUUUGCAUAUAUUUACAAUGUUGUCCUAUCUGUCAUUAAUGUACCACACGCGAUGUACCGGAUUAGUCUCAAACCUAUUGGAAACUCAUCCC